AUUUUAUAAUAAUACCCUGGUGGGCAUGGAUGAAGAGAUUCCAUCUACCUGAAGCCGAAUUGCUUAAUGGCCGGGCGGCGAUGGUCGGGUUCUUCAUGGCGUAUCUGGUUGAUAGCUUGACUGGGGUAGGUCUGGUUGAUCAAAUGGGCAACUUCUUUUGCAAAACUCUGUUGUUUGUAGCAGUUUUGGGAGUGCUUUUAAUCGGGAAGAAUAAGGAUUUAGAUAACAUCAAGAAACUGGUUGAAGAGUCGACAUUUUACGACAAGCAAUGGCAAGCGGCAUGCAGGAAGACGACACCGGUUCCGGUAAUAACUAGUUCACUUAAGACUCUCUUUGUUUUUUUAACAGUUCAUAGUUUCUUAAGUUCCUAGCAAUGUGGUCAUCUUGAAAUGUUAUGAGCAUUAUUUAAGCAUCAAUGAAGUGCAUUAUUUUACC